AUGUAUAAUUCUGGGAAAACUUGCCUUCAUUCUGCAGCAACAACAAACUGCAAAAAUGCUGAUGAAUUUCUAAUUUAUCAUGGUGUUGAUAUUAAUAAAGCUAGAAAUGAUGGAAAAGCACCUCUUUUUGUGCAACUUGCGAUAAAAAGCUUAGAAACGACCGAAUUCCUUAUAUUGAAUAGUACAGAUGGAAAUGCGUAA